AUGAGCAACGCGAACGGCCUCAUGGUGCAAGCUGCAGCUGUUGGUGUUGAUGGCCUCGCUGCGUUCAAUGGCGGCACAAGCCCUUCCGGUGGCAGCUGGCCCAGCAAUCAGAAUGAGGCAUUGGAUAAGUCAUCGUCUUACCAUGUCAACGUGUUUAUCGCAUAUAACAAGCCAGACACCAUGUUUGCUGCGGUUCUCGUAUGCAGCUUCAACGAAGCAACAAAGAUACUGCGCAAAGAGGUCGCUGUCUGUCCGAUCGCAGCCGCACGUGCCAUUGUCCACGGACUGCACGUCGACAGUGGUCUUCUGCUAAUCAAUGACACAAUCUAA